AUGGCGGGCGUGCACUCUACCAGUGCGAACCUCGUGUUCGAAAGCAGCGAGGAGAUUACAGUGGCCCCCACUUUUGACUCGCUGGGACUUAAGGAAGAUCUGCUGCGCGGCAUUUAUGCAUACAACUUUGAAAAGCCCUCGGCGAUCCAGCAGCGUGCGAUCUUGCCGAUUCUCCGUGGCCGUGACGUGAUUGCGCAGGCGCAGUCGGGUACUGGUAAGACGGCCACGUUCUCCAUCUCGAUGCUGCAGACGAUUGAUACAAGCUUGCGAGAGGCACAGGCACUAGUGCUGAGUCCGACACGUGAGUUAGCGACGCAGAUCCAGAGUGUCGUGCUGGCGCUUGGCGACUAUAUGAAUGUGCAAUGCCAUGCGUGCAUUGGCGGUACGUCGGUCGGCGAGGAUAUUCGCAAGCUCGAGUAUGGGCAGCACAUUGUGUCAGGCACACCUGGACGUGUAUUUGAUAUGAUCCGCCGGCGUCAUUUGCGGACGAAGAACAUCAAGAUGCUGAUUCUUGACGAGGCCGAUGAGUUGCUGAACAUGGGCUUCAAGGACCAAAUCUACGAUAUUUACCGCUACCUGCCACCAGCGACGCAAGUUGUGCUUGUCUCUGCCACGCUUCCGCAUGAUGUGCUGGAGAUGACGACCAAGUUUAUGACGGACCCAGUGCGGAUUCUUGUGAAGCGUGAUGAGCUGACGUUAGAGGGUAUCAAGCAGUUUUUCGUCGCUGUGGAGAAGGAGGACUGGAAGUUUGAUACGCUGUGCGACCUGUACGAUACGCUGACAAUCACGCAGGCGGUGAUUUUCUGCAAUACACGCAGGAAGGUCGACUGGCUGACGGAGCGUAUGCGCGAGAACAAUUUCCAAGUGAGCAGCAUGCAUGGCGAGAUGCAACAGAAAGAGCGUGAUGCGAUUAUGAACGAGUUCCGUCAGGGCAGUAGUCGUGUGCUCAUCACGACGGAUGUAUGGGCACGUGGCAUUGACGUGCAGAACGUGUCGCUGGUCAUCAACUACGAUCUGCCGACGAACCGUGAAAACUACAUCCAUCGUAUUGGCCGCUCAGGCCGCUUUGGCCGUAAGGGUGUCGCGAUCAACUUUGUGACGAAUGAUGACGUAAAGGUCCUGCGCGACAUUGAGCAAUACUACAGCACGCAAAUCGACGAGAUGCCGAUGAAGAUUGAUGACCUCAUGUAG